UCUCCUGUAUCUGAACAGAGAAUACUAAAGCAGUAAUGAUAACGAUCAAAACAAUGCAGCGUAAUGUUGGGUGAAUAGAAACCGAAAGUUAUGAGACAUGGAAGGGAAAACCAAUCUUAAGAGAAGGGGAGGUGUUCAUCAGCUGGGGCAGACUGUAUAUAAACUGUGGUGCGCUGAACCAUCCGACAACUGCGCCAGAGCAUCGUUUGUGUUCCUGUCACAGCCAAAAAGACUUCAAGUUUUUCGAAGGAAUUUGCUAAAGACAUCGCAAGGCCACUUCUAUCAUGGAUAUAAACAUCAAUAUGCUAAACGGGACGUCCCACACCCUGAGGGUGCAACCACAGGACACAGUGGGCUCUCUGAAAAUCCGCAUCCAGAAGGAACUAGGAGUUCAAUGUGAGACCCAGAGGCUGAUCUUAGUGAACGGCCUGAGCACUUCUCUCACCGACGACUCCAUGUCCCUCAGCUCCUACGGCUUGCACUCCGGCGCCAUGGUGUCCCUGCGGGUGACCCAGCCGGCCACCCAGCCGGCGACCCGGCCGGCGACCCAGCCGGCCAUCCGUCCGGCGACCCAGCCGGCUCCGCGGCCGGCGCCCCCGCCGGCAAUCCAGCCGGCGACACCGCCGGCGACACAGCCGGCCAUCCGUCCGGCGACCCAGCCGGCUCCGCGGCCGGCGACCCAGCCGGCCACAUGGCCGGCUACCCAACCGGCCACGUGGCAGGCCACCCGGCCGGCCACCCAGCCGGCCACCCAGCCGGCGACCCGGCCAGCCACUCAGCCGGCGACCCGGCCGGCCACUCAGCCGGCCACGUGGCAGGCCACCCAGCCGGCGACCUGGCCGGCCACCCAGCCAGCGACAUGGCCGGCGACCCAGCCGGCCAACCAUCUGGCGACCCAGCCGGCCCCACAGCCGGCGACCCAGCCGGCCACCCAGCCGGCGACCCGGCCGGCCAACCAUCUGGCGACCCAGCCGGCCCCACGGCCGGCGACCCAGCCGGCCACCCAGCCGGCGACCCGGCCGGCCACUCAGCCGGCCACCCGGCCGGCCACCCAGCCAGCGACAUGGCCGGCGACCCAGCCGGCGACACGGCCGGCGACCCAGCCGGCCACCAUCCAAGUGUUCCUCAGAAACGAAAAGGGGAAGGUGAGCACAUACAACAUCAAACCCGACGAGACGGCCACUUCUAUCAUGGAUAUAAACAUCAAUAUGCUAAACGGGACGUCCCACACCCUGAGGGUGCAACCACAGGACACAGUGGGCUCUCUGAAAAUCCGCAUCCAGAAGGAACUAGGAGUUCAAUGUGAGACCCAGAGGCUGAUCUUAGUGAACGGCCUGAGCACUUCUCUCACCGACGACUCCAUGUCCCUCAGCUCCUACGGCUUGCACUCCGGCGCCAUGGUGUCCCUGCGGGUGACCCAGCCGGCCACCCAGCCGGCCACCCCGCCGGCCACUCAGCCGGCGACCCAGCCGGCGACCCAGCCGGCCAACAAUCUGGCGACCCAGCCGGCCACCCAGCCGGCCACCCAGCCGGCCAACCAUCUGGCGACCCAGCCGGCCCCACGGCCGGCGACCCAGCCGGCCACCCAGCCGGCGACCCGGCCGGCCAACCAUCUGGCGACCCAGCCGGCCCCACGGCCGGCGACCCAGCCGGCGACCCGGCCGGCCACUCAGCCGGCCACCCGGCCGGCCACCCAGCCAGCGACAUGGCCGGCGACCCAGCCGGCGACACGGCCGGCGACCCAGCCGGCCACCCAGCCGGCCACCAUCCAAGUGUUCCUCAGAAACGAAAAGGGGAAGGUGAGCACAUACAACAUCAAACCCGACGAGACGGCCACUUCUAUCAUGGAUAUAAACAUCAAUAUGCUAAACGGGACGUCCCACACCCUGAGGGUGCAACCACAGGACACAGUGGGCUCUCUGAAAAUCCGCAUCCAGAAGGAACUAGGAGUUCAAUGUGAGACCCAGAGGCUGAUCUUAGUGAACGGCCUGAGCACUUCUCUCACCGACGACUCCAUGUCCCUCAGCUCCUACGGCUUGCACUCCGGCGCCAUGGUGUCCCUGCGGGUGACCCAGCCGGCCACCCAGCCGGCCACCCCGCCGGCCACCCAGCCGGCGACCCGGCCAGCCACUCAGCCGGCGACCCGGCCGGCCACUCAGCCGGCCACGUGGCAGGCCACCCGGCCGGCCACUCAGCCGGCGACCCAGCCGGCGACCCAGCCGGCCAACAAUCUGGCGACCCAGCCGGCCCCAUGGCCGGCGACCCAGCCGGCCACCCAGCCGGCGACAUGGCCGGCGACCCAGCCGGCGACACGGCCGGCGACCCAGCCGGCCACCCAGCCGGCCACCAUCCAAGUGUUCCUCAGAAACGAAAAGGGGAAGGUGAGCACAUACAACAUCAAACCCGACGAGACGGCCACUUCUAUCAUGGAUAUAAACAUCAAUAUGCUAAACGGGACGUCCCACACCCUGAGGGUGCAACCACAGGACACAGUGGGCUCUCUGAAAAUCCGCAUCCAGAAGGAACUAGGAGUUCAAUGUGAGACCCAGAGGCUGAUCUUAGUGAACGGCCUGAGCACUUCUCUCACCGACGACUCCAUGUCCCUCAGCUCCUACGGCUUGCACUCCGGCGCCAUGGUGUCCCUGCGGGUGACCCAGCCGGCCACCCAGCCGGCCACCCCGCCGGCCACCCAGCCGGCCCCACGGCCGGCGACCCAGCCGGCCAUCCAGCCGGCGACACCGCCGGCGACACCGCCGGCGACACAGCCGGCCAUCCGUCCGGCUACCCGGCCGGCCACCCAGCCGGCGACCUGGCCGGCCACUCAGCCGGCCCCACGGCCGGCGACCCAGCCGGCGACCCAGCCGGCCACCCAUCUGGCGACCCAGCCGGCCACCCGGCCGGCGACCCGGCCGGCCACUCAGCCGGCGACCCGGCCGGCCACUCAGCCGGCCACCCGGCCGACCACCCAGCCGGCGACAUGGCCGGCGACCCAGCCGGCGACACGGCCGGCGACCCAGCCGGCCACCAUCCAAGUGUUCCUCAGAAACGAAAAGGGGAAGGUGAGCACAUACAACAUCAAACCCGACGAGACGGUGAGCAACUUCAGGAGCAAGGUCGAGUGCACAGAGGGGAUCACGGCGAACCAGCAGAGGCUCAUUCACCAAGGCAGAGAGAUGAAUCAGGGGAAACUUUCAGACUACAACGUCCGCUCGCUGAGUACCAUCGACCUGAUGCUCCGCCUGAGAGGAGGCUGAGGACACUUCUGCUUUAAUCUAGAAAGUUCUGUACUUUCCUUUUUUUAUCUAAAUGAAAAACACGUAGCCUCAAGUGUCAUAUGUCUUUUAUUUUUUUCUAUUUUAAUUGUAAAAAAUCAAGACAUUCCUCGAGGUGUAAUUGUGCCAUAUCUUAAAAACUUGUUUAGGCUUUAUUCAGUAUUUGGUUUUUCCAGUAAAAUAUGUUAUACACACACAACAAAGCAUAUUAUAAUCUUAUUUUCACACGUUUUAAUCAGGUAACGUUAUUUGUACGCUGUUAAAAAAUAUAAUAAAGUUCUAAAUGUAAA